AGAGAGGGAGAGGGAGAGAGAGAGAGAGAGAGAGAGGAAUACGUUUAAGGCAGAGGAAAAUGCCAGGUAAUCGUCUAGAGAGAGAAAGAGAGAGUGGUAAAGAGUUAGACUGUCUUUGUCUUUGUACUAGUACUAUAUUGGAAUCGAGUCCAAAAUCCCAACUACAAAAAUAAAUAAAAUUUCCUCUGUAUAAUUAUUGCUCUCUCCAAUACAUCAGCUAAAAAAUACCCACCUCCAUUUUCCCCUCCAUCUUCAUCCCCACCCGACCACUCUCUCUCCCCCAAUCCCAAAACCUGCUUUUACAUCAAACCCAUUCGUCAAAAUUUCUAUACAUCUCUGCAUAUUGAUUUGGGUUCUGUUUAAUUAUCCUUUUCUUCUUGGGCAAAAAUUCAACUAUUUUGUCAAGAUCUGUUGACUAGCCACUCAAAUUCAUCGACUCAACUAUACCCAUUUGUCAAAAAGAGGUUUUUGAUCAAAUCCAUCUCUCAAAAUCCCACCUUUCUCUGCAUCUAGAUCUCGUUCUAGCUAUACAUCCGUUUGUUUUCAUCAAAAUCUGUCACCUACGCACUUGAUGAAUUCACAAACCCACCAAUACCCAUCAGUCAAAAAGAGAUUUUAGACCAAAUCCAUUUCCCAAGAUCCAAUUUUCACUUCAAUUUCGUUCUGGGUUUCGGUUAGAAUUGAGAGAUGAGUAUGUACGGGAGAGAUCCAUGGGGCGGGCCACUGGAGAUAAACACUGCGGACUCGGCGACGGACGACGAUCGGAGCCGCAACCUGAACGACUUCGACCGGGCGGCGAUGUCGCGGCCGCUGGACGAGACGCAGCAGAGCUGGCUGCUGGGCCCAGGCGAGCAGAAGAAGAAGAAGUACGUGGAUCUGGGUUGCAUCAUCGUCAGCCGCAAGAUCUUUCUUUGGACGGUGGGGACCGUUCUGGCCGCCGGUUUCCUCAUUGGGUUUAUCACACUUAUUGUCAAGACCGUCCCCCGCCAUCACCACCGCCCUCCGCCGCCCGAUAAUUAUACUGUUGCGCUGAAUAAGGCUCUCAUGUUCUUCAAUGCCCAGAAAUCUGGAAAACUUCCGCGGCAUAAUAAUGUUAGCUGGAGGGGAAACUCUUGUCUGAAUGAUGGCAAGUCCGACUCGUCAUCCGUAAUUAAAGAUCUGGUGGGAGGCUAUUAUGAUGCUGGGGAUGCAAUCAAGUUUAACUUCCCUGCAUCUUUUGCCAUGACCAUGCUGAGUUGGAGUGUGAUUGAAUACAGUGCAAAAUAUGAAGCUGCCGGAGAGCUCAGCCACAUUAAAGACGUCAUCAAGUGGGGGACUGAUUACUUUCUCAAGACCUUCAAUAACUCCGCUGAUACUAUAGACCGGAUAGCUGCACAGGUUGGAGUUGGAGAUACUUCAAGAGGGCCCGCUCCAAACGAUCAUUACUGCUGGAUGCGCCCAGAAGACGUCGAUUACGAACGACCGGUAUAUGAAUGUCAUUCUUGUUCUGACCUUGGUGCAGAAAUGGCUGCUGCUUUAGCGGCUGCAUCAAUUGUAUUUAAAGACAACAAAGCCUACUCACAGAAACUGGUCCAUGGUGCAAGAACCCUAUUUAAGUUUGCUAGGGAUCAGCGUGGCAGAUACAGUGCAGGUGGUGCAGAUGCUGCGAUUUUCUAUAAUUCCUCUAGCUACUGGGACGAAUUUGUGUGGGGUGCAUCUUGGCUUUAUUAUGCUACUGGAAACACGUCCUAUCUUCAACUUGCGACUAAUCCUGUUCUUGCCAAACAUGCGGGAGCCUUCUGGGGUGGACCUGAUUAUGGCGUGUUUAGCUGGGAUAACAAGCUUGCUGGAGCUCAAGUGCUUUUAAGCCGUAUGAGAUUGUUCUUGAGCCCCGGAUAUCCAUACGAAGAAAUUUUGAGGACCUUCCACAAUCAAACCAGCAUAGUCAUGUGCUCCUACCUACCAUAUUUCACAAGCUUUAAUAGAACCAAAGGAGGCUUAAUCGAAUUAAACCAUGGAAGGCCUCAGCCUCUUCAAUAUGUGGUUAAUGCUGCCUUCUUGGCUACUCUGUACAGUGAUUAUCUUUCGGCCUCUGAUACCCCUGGAUGGUACUGUGGGCCCAACUUCUACUCAACCGAUGUCCUUCGUAAAUUUGCGGAGACACAGAUUGAUUACAUCUUGGGCAAAAACCCUAGAGGGAUGAGUUAUGUUGUGGGUUUUGGAAAUCACUAUCCUAAGCACGUCCAUCAUAGAGGUGCAUCGAUCCCCAAAAACAAGGUCAAGUAUAAUUGUAAAGGAGGGUGGAAAUGGAGGGACACAUCAAAGCCGAAUCCAAAUACCCUUGUCGGAGCCAUGGUUGCGGGCCCUGACAAACACGAUGGUUUCCACGAUGUACGUACAAACUACAAUUACACGGAGCCCACCAUUGCAGGAAAUGCCGGUUUGGUUGCUGCCCUUGUGGCUCUCUCAGGUGAUAAGAGUGCUGGGAUUGACAAAAACACCAUGUUCUCUGCUGUUCCGCCGAUGUCUCCGACUCCACCGCCGCCCCCUGCGCCUUGGAAACCUUGAUAGUUUGCUUGGAUGAUUUUGGCUUUAUAGUUUUUGGAAUUUCGACAUUGUGAGAAGUGAAAGCUAAAAAAUAAUAUGAUGGGCAUGAAGAACUGAAGAUGGCUCGGCUGGGGAAUGGAAUUACAGACUUGUACUACCUUGACACUGAGAAUUCAAUAUUGAACUUGUUUUUUGUGAUUAUACAUAGCAUGUAUGUACGAAAUCUUUCAUGAACUUUUUACAAACUAGAAUUUGGACAGUCUGAAGUCGUUGCAAUGUUCGCAUAAUGUCUAAUGACAACUAUUUUUCCAUA